AUAGAUAAUAUUGUGGGUGAAUAUAAGCCUAUCCUUUAUACCUCAGUCGGUAUAUAGCCUAAACUAAAGUUAAAUAAUCUAUAUAGAAAUACAGUUGUCUUCAACAAACUAAAUGGGGGUUUAUGGAGAAUCCAGGAGAAACAAGCCGAGAGGACGUCAUCAUGGAUUAACUCAGCAAGUAAAACAAGAGAUGAAAGAAGCCUUUGAGCUUUUUGAUACUGAUGGCAAUGGCACCAUUGAUGCCAAGGAGUUGAGUAAUGCAAUGAGGGCCCUCGGUUUUGAAAUGACCAAGGAGCAAAUUAACGAUAUGAUAGCGGAUGUAGACAAAGAUGGAAGUGGUGCUAUUGACUUUGAUGAAUUUGUGUACAUGAUGACCGACAAAAUUGGUGAAAGGAGCAGCAAACAGGAGCUUUCAAAAGCUUUCAACAUUCUUGAUCAUGACAAAAAUGGGAAGAUAUCGGUUUCAGACAUCAAGAAUAUUGCUAAGGAGUUGGGUGUACGUUUUACUGAUGCAGAGAUCCACUCGAUGGUGAAAGAAGCUGAUCGUGAUAAUGAUGGUGAAGUUAACAUAGAGGAGUUCAUGAGAAUGAUGCAGGCAACUUCAUAUGGAUAUUGAGUCAAUUUGAAUAGGUGUAAAACUGUAAAUGUAUGUAGAAUUGUAAAAUAAUUCCUUUCACUAAAGUGAAAGGCGGUUUCUGCGAGAGUUAAAACUCCCAACGAUAUGCUACUUUGGUAAAUAUCUAAAAGAUUUCUAAUUAGCAAUCUGGAUCAUUACUGGCA